AUGACAUCGACCCCGCAGCCGCCGCGGGAUCUCGCGCACGCCGCGCCGCCGCCGCAGGAUCUCGCCAGCAUCGGCCUCGGCCUCGCGGCCGCCAGGUCCCUCCAUCACCGCCCGCCCCGCCACGGGAAGUUGCCGCCAGGUUCCGUGGAGCACCACCAAACCAUCUCAGGUUCGCUGAUCCACUCGAUGAUCCAGUUCUGCGGGGCGCCAGAGUACUUCAUGUUCAACGACCCGCAGCCGGUGAUCAUUUCGCCCCAGAUGGCCGCGGAACCCGCUCCCACUGUCCCCGCGGAGUACUUCAUGUUCAACGAUCCACAUCCGGUGAUCCCGGCCCAGAUCGCCGCGGAACCCGCUCCCAACAACAUUCCCGCGGCGGCCGUCUCCAGGGCAGCCAACACGGAGGCCGACAACCCCGAGGAGUGGGAGUUCAUCUCCGACGAGUCGCUCAACUACAUCAGCCGCAUGCUCAUGGAGGAGGACAUCGACGAGAAGGUCAGCAUGUACCAGGAGGAGUCCGCCACGCUGCGCGCCACCGCCAAGCCCUUCUACGACAUCCUCGGCCACAAGUUCCCGCCCUCGCCCGACCGCAGGCUCACGCCCUGGUCCCUCGACAGCCCCGGCGACAGCAGCGGCAGCGGCAGCUGCAGCCAGGCCCAGUCCUUGUCCAGCGUCGUUACUAGCUGCAGCGUCGGUGGCGCCGUCGAUAGCAACCAGCCCCAUAAUGUCGCGCACUGCGAGCAGCUGGAAGCCUACCGGGGCUUGUGCGGCCGGUCUUCCCAGCCGCUGCUUGGCCCGUCGACCGGUGUUUCUGAUGCGGCGGAGGGGCUGGAGGAUGCUUUGAUCACCAACGGCAGGAUCCCGGAGUACCUGUUCGAGAGCCUUCCCACUUGGGAUUUCAGGAGAGGCGUCGAGGAAGCGCAGAAGUUUCUCCCUUGCAGCGACAGGCUAGUCAUUGAUUUAGAAGCUGCCGAUGUCUCAAAGCCUCAACAAGCAGAAGCCAAAGACAAAGACGCUCCCAGCAGGACGGAGGUCUUGAAGGCCAAGAAAAACAGGCAGAGCCAAGAUCUUGACUUGAUAGAAGGACGCAACAUUAAACAGUCUGCAUUCUGUUCUGAUGAGCCUGAUUGGAUCGAGAUGUUUGACGAUUUGCUUCGUGAAACCGAAAAGAAGGCUACAGUUCUGCGAGAACAGAUGCGGACCGAAGCUUCCAAGAAUUCUCAGGUCGUUCAGGCAAAGAGUACCACCGGGGUGCGGACAAGGGGCAGGAAGCCAACAAAAAAUGAUGUGGUCGAUCUUAGGACCAUCCUCAUCCACUGUGCUCAGGCAGUUGCAGCUGAUGACCGCCGAACUGCUAAUGAGUUGCUCAAGCAAAUAAAACAGCAUUCCAAGGUAAAUGGGGACGGAAGCCAGAGGUUGGCAUUUUGCUUUGCACAGGGCCUCGAGGCUCGUUUGGCUGGCACAGGGAGCCAACAGUACCGUAGGCUUGUGGCGAAGCGGACAACAGCUUCCGACAUGCUCAAAGCCUACCAUCUCUACCUUGCAGCAUGCCCAUUCAAGAGGCUCUCACAUUUCCUCUCUAAUCAAACAAUCUUGAGCAUGACAAAAAAUGCAUCAAAGGUGCAUAUCAUUGAUUUUGGCAUCUAUUUUGGCUUACAAUGGCCAUGCCUCAUCAGGCGUCUCGCCAAGAGGGAAGGCGGCCCACCAACGCUGCGCAUCACAGGAAUUGAUGUACCUGAGCCAGGUUUCCGCCCUACCGAGCGCGUCGAAGAGACAGGACAAAGGCUUGCAGAGUAUGCUAAGAAGUUUGGUCUGCCUUUUGAGUACCAAGCCAUAGCAUCAAAGUGGGAAACUAUUCGUGCUGAGGAUCUCAAGGUUGGCAAAGAUGAAGUGGUGAUUGUUAAUUGCCUGUACCGUUUCAGAAAUCUUAUUGACGAAACAGUUGCUGUAGACAGCCCUAGGAAUAGGGUGCUCAAUACCAUAAGGCAAGUCAAUCCAGCAAUUUUCAUCCAUGGAAUUGUGAAUGGGUCAUACAGUGUCCCCUUCUUCAUCACACGUUUCCGGGAGGCAUUGUUCCAUUACUCUGCAUUGUUUGACAUGCUUGAGGCAACAGUGCCACGGGAUGAUGACCAGCGUAGACUCAUGGAGAGAGAUCUCUUUGGCCGUGAGGCACUCAAUGUCAUUGCAUGUGAGGGCUCAGACAGAGUCGAGAGACCAGAGACAUAUAAGCAGUGGCAGGUGAGGAACCUGAGGGCAGGAUUUGUCCAGUCUCCGCUGAACCAGGACAUUGUGAUAAAAGCUAAAGACAAAGUGAAAGAUUUGUACCACAAGGAUUUUGUUAUAGACGAAGACAGUGGAUGGCUCCUGCAAGGCUGGAAAGGAAGAAUAAUCCAUGCUAUAAGUACAUGGAAGCCUAAUAACAAGUAGGCUCUUUGCCUGCAUAUCUCUUAUACCAUUGUUGAAGCCAGAUCUUGAUCAGCGCACCGGUAUUUCGAGGAAAUGGCUUGAAGAAUGGCACAGAAUCUCUUCGCACUGCACCAGAUCAAUGUGGGAGCUUUUAUAAGAAUACAGUGUAGUUGCAUCUAUUUAGCCACUAGCCAGUACUAAGAUAAGCUAGAUGAAAAGAAUGGUGGUUGAGCUCCCCCUUGGCCAUGAAAAUGGCCUGAAGAGUGGACAAGAGUGUUAUUGCACUGCGCCAGAACAAGGCGGGAGCUUCCGUAAGAACUCAGUGCCAAUUGUGUCUGUGUGUCCAUCUUCUCUAUUAGUUAAUUAGUUAGCCAACUACCUAAGAUCUUAUUGUUGGUACUCUCGACUUUUCUGGAUUUAUCUAUGUCGGUAAGAGAAGGGUGGGAUUCAUCAUCACCAUCGUCAAAUCAAAUAUUUCCCCAUGAGCAAACAUCCACAUUUCAUUUGAUUAUUUUCGCAGUAUGCGCUGCAUGCUGUCGAGGAAUGGGAGUCCUUGGACUUUAGUGCGGCA